AUGGUUCAGCAGGUAAAGAGGGAAUAUAAACUGUUGUGGAGUCUGGAUGUUCUGGCCGCAGUGCUCCGGUACCGCUUGCUAGACUUCAUUAAGGAAAGUGCUUAUUACGCUUUGCAGAUGGAUGAAUCCACAGACAUUGCAAAUCAUGCAACUUUACUUGUUUAUGUGAGAUAUGUAUGGGAAGGGGAUUUGGAGGAGCAAUUUCUCUGCAGCAGAGAUCUCCCCACCACUACAACAGCAGAGGAUAUUUUCAGUACUGUGGAUUUGUAUUUGGGAUCAUUGGGCCUGAGCUGGGAAAACUGUGUGGGAAUCACAACUGACGGCGCUGCCUCUAUGACAGGAAAACACUCAGGGGUGGUGAAGAGAAUUCUUGAGAGGGCAUCAAAUGCCACCUGGAAUCACUGCUUUUUGCAUGGAGAGGCAUUAGCAUCAAAGAAUAUGGCGCCAGUGCUUGAUGAGAUGUUAAAAGAAGUCGUCAAAGUAGUGAAGCACAUUAAACGAAGUGCUAAGACCUCCCCGUGUUUUAAAAAUCUGUGCAAAGACCUGGGCUCUGAACACGUACAGCUGUUGUACCACUCCGAAAUUCGUUGGCUCUCGAGGGGAAAAGUUUUGGCAAGGUUUUACGAACUUAAAACAGAAAUCGCUGUCUUCCUUUCAGAAAAUAACUCUCCUUAUGCCGAUUUAUUUAAUGACGAAAUCUGGCUCGCACGAGUUGCUUAUCUUGCUGAUGUGUUCGAGCACCUCAACACAUUAAACGUGUCCAUGCGAGGGAGAGGGCACAAUAUUUUUGAGCAGAGUGACAAAGUUGCUGCAUUUAAAAAGAAGAUUGAACUGUGGACAAAACACGUUAAUAAAGACAGACUAGACAUGUUUCCCAACACUUGCAAUGAAACACAACAGCUGGAUAUCGCGGGAAAAAUUGUACUGAAGAAAACUAUCACGGAACAUCUUAGUAAACUGCAAGUUCGGUUUAAUGACUACUUCCCCGAGAAACAUGAAGAUGAUCCCUGGAUACGCGAUCCCUUUGGAAUCGACAUGGAAAGCGUCACGUUGCCCAGCAACGAAGAGAAUCAGCUGGUGGAGCUGUCAUGUGCUAAGACGCUGAAAAAGAAAUUCAGUGAGGUAAGCCUUUCCCAGUUUUGGUGCCGUGAAGCACUUUCUGAGUAUCCGUCCCUCGCCACUCGUGCGAUCAAAACCAUCCAACCAUUCAGCACUACAUAUCUGUGCGAAAGUGGCUUCUCUUCUUUGGUGCAGCUUAAGUCAAAGAAAAGGAACAGGCUGAACAUUGAGCGUGAUCUUAGGGUAGCACUGUCUACCAUCACCCCAGACUUUGAAACUCUUAUCAGGAGGUUGAAGCUAAAAUCUACAGGACAGCAGCUCUCCAGGAUUGACUUUGCCUACCCCUGCACUUGGUGUUUCUCUCCACCUGAGUGGGUGUGUGAUGAAGAGUAUUUGGGUUUUCCUGCCACCAUGUGGGGUCUGGGAGUUCUCCUGUUUCACCUCAUCUGUGGACACUUGCCCUUCAAUAAUGAGGAUGAGAUCGUUUACAGGAAGAUGGACUUCGCUCCCGGCCUGUCUGAAGCCAUUUGGAUGUCCACCGUGGUGUUGCGCCUCGUGAAGAAGCAUGUCCAGGAGAUGCUGAAGGCCAUGGAUCUGCACCCUGGUUUACUCCUGAGCUUCGUCAGCUCAAAUCCAGAGGCCGUCGCCUGUACAAAAGAACUGGACUUACUGUACACAGAGAAAUGUACAGCGAGCAUGUGCUCCUCUAUAAAAACGCAUUGA